AUGGCAUCCUUGAUUCCCCCCCAACUCCAAGAACUUGUCACCUAUGUGCGCUCACGCUCACCUUAUUAUCAAUUACUCUACGCCAAUUUACCAAAAGAAAUCACCAAUUUUGAAAGUCUCCCACUAGUCGAUAAUACUCUUUACUGGAAGUCAUCCAACUCGGAGCCCAAUGGUGUGUUGACAGAGCCAUUAAAAGAUGCGGUCGUUAUGCGCAGCGGAGGGUCUACUUCGGAGCCAAAAACAGUUUACAUGACUCGCGAGGAAUUUCUAGAGACCUCCCGAAUUAAUGGCGAGCUCUUCGGUCGUUGCUGUGGCGUUCGGCCCGGAGACCGUGUUGCCAAUUUGUCUUCCCAGGGGGGCAUGUACUCCGGGUUCAUGACUUACGGCUACGCUGUGAUGAACUGUUCUCUUCCGGUUGUGAAUCUGCCAAUUAGCGGCAAGGAAACACCUGAAAACAUCGAAAGAGAUAUAUCGCAAUUCAAGGCCACGGUCAUUAUCAGUAAUGUUUUCAUUGCUACGAAGCUCGCACACUACCUUCGAAACAAGCAAACUCAGCUGUCCAGUGUUCGGUUGAUCUUAUAUACCGGAGAGCCCUUCUACAAGGAUCUUAGGCUGCUUUAUAAAAGUGCCUUUCCUAAUGCUACUAUAAGACCGCUGGCAUAUGCAUCUGUGGAAUGCAAGAUCGUGGCGUUCCCCGAAUAUGAGCUCAAUCAUGAAGACGAAGACGGUGACAUCAACCCUGUCUACAGAACGUGUGACAGAUCUGUGUUCCUCGAGAUCAUUGCUGAAGAUGGAUCCGUGAUUAAGGUGAACGGUAUCCGGGGAAAUCUCGUGGUCACUAACUUGCUCAAGAGACUGCAGCCGACUGUCAGAUACCCAAUUGGAGAUGUGGGUGAAUGGGUCAAUAUCCAGUCCGGCCUUUUCCGCUUGAGAGGCCGUAGCAAUGUUGGGUUGAAGAUUGGUACUGCUCUGUUGGACAAGGGUUUGAUAAGGAAACUUGUUAUCCAGGUCGUCGGUGCUGGUGUUGCGGAUAAUUUUCAGAUCGUGAUCCGCAGAAAAGACUCCUGCAACAUUGUGCUCUUCAGGAUCGCGGCACAGGCUCCUGCGGGCACUGAUACUAUACCGCAAAGGCUUGAAGAAGCAAUAGUCAAUGCGAACCCGAGCUGGGCAAUAAAUCGUGAUGCAGGCCAGAUCGCCCCUAUUGAGGUGGAAUGGGUGCGAUUUGAACAACUGGUGUUUUUGGAGGCAAGCGGCAAACUUCGCGAGGUCAUUGACGAGAGAUUUUAG